CACAGUAAUAAGGCUGAGUGAAUUACAGGGAGCACAGACAGCACUGGGAGGCCUGCACGGUGACCUUUAUCCUCAGUAGGCCACUCCAGCAAACAGCAGAGCCAUCAGCAGUGCCGGAAUGUGCUGAGUCGGGGCGGAGUGUCUAAGUUUUUUUGAAAAAUGUCUCUGUUUUAAGCUACAGUACUAGUGUGUCUUGGGACAUCAUAAAAAGGCAACGAAAUCCUGACCACAUCUGCCAUUCCCCCUCAGUGCCAACAGUGUCAGCAUACAGCACUACUACAGCUGAUCUCAGAAAGAGGAAUGCCCUCCUACAUGGAUCCAGAAACAUCUGUUAGGGAGCCUCAGAGGAGUUAGAGAGAGACGACUGGCUUUAACAGACAAAUGCAGCGCAGAGUCAGCUCAGCACAGACUGCAGGGUAAAAGAGCUUCUGAGAGUGUGCAUACGUGCAUGUGUGGACCUUUUGGAAAACAGACGCCCAUGUGAGCGAGCAGCAGAAGAGGAGUGAGCUAGGGAGAAAGAGAAAGAGGAGGAGGAGAGGAAGAAGAAGGAAAAGAAGAAGAUAUUAAAGGAGGAGGCAAAGAAGAAGAAGAACAAACAGAAGCUGCAAGAAUAGAAGAGGAGUCAAAGAAGAGGAGGAGAGGAAGAGGAGAGGGAAAAGGAGGAGAGAAGCGAGAAGGAACCCCGGAGCGUCUGUUCCACCACAAUUCGCCUCGGAGCAGCGGCGGCAGCGACAGGCAUGUGAGAAGAUGUCCGUGGGAGGCUGCGCGUGUCCGGGCUGUUCCUCCAAGUCAUUCAAGCUGUACUCCCCAAAGGAGCCCCCCAACGGUAGCGCCUUCCCCCCCUUCCAUCCCGGCACCAUGCUGGACAGAGACGUGGGCCCAACGCCCAUGUAUCCCCCUACAUACCUAGAACCUGGAAUAGGGAGGCACACGCCGUAUGGGAACCAGACAGACUACAGGAUAUUUGAGCUCAACAAACGGCUACAGAACUGGACAGAGGAGUGCGAUAACCUGUGGUGGGAUGCCUUCACCACAGAGUUUUUUGAAGAUGACGCCAUGCUGACAAUCACCUUCUGUCUAGAAGAUGGUCCCAAGAGAUACACAAUUGGCCGGACGCUCAUCCCACGCUACUUCCGAAGUAUAUUUGAGGGAGGUGCAACCGAGCUCUACUAUGUGUUAAAGCACCCUAAAGAGUCCUUCCACAAUAACUUUGUGUCCCUGGACUGUGACCAGUGCACAAUGGUUACUCAGAAUGGCAAGCCCAUGUUCACACAGGUCUGUGUGGAGGGUCGUUUAUACCUGGAGUUCAUGUUUGAUGACAUGAUGAGGAUAAAAACGUGGCACUUCAGCAUAAGGCAGCACAGAGAGCUCAUCCCCCGCAGCAUCCUGGCUAUGCACGCCCAGGACCCGCAGAUGGUGGACCAGCUGUCUAAGAACAUCACGAGAUGCGGCCUCUCCAACUCCACUCUAAACUACCUCCGACUGUGUGUGAUACUGGAGCCAAUGCAAGAGCUCAUGUCCAGGCAUAAGACUUACAGCUUGAGCCCUAGAGACUGUCUGAAGACCUGUCUGUUUCAGAAGUGGCAGAGGAUGGUAGCUCCACCAGCGGAACCAGCGCGGCCGGCAGCCAACAAGAGGCGGAAGCGCAAGAUCUCAGGCGGCAGCACCAUGAGUGCGGGAGGAGGCACCAACAACAACAGCAACAGCAAGAAAAAGAGCCCUGCUGGCAGCUUCCCUCUCUCCAGCCAAGUACCUGACGUGAUGGUCGUGGGUGAGCCCACUCUGAUGGGAGGGGAGUUCGGAGACGAAGAUGAGCGUCUGAUCACCCGGCUGGAGAAUACGCAGUUUGACGCAGCCAAUGGCAUCGACGAUGAGGACAGCUUCAACAACUCUCCCGCUCUGGGUGCCAACAGCCCCUGGAACAACAAGGCUCCGUCCAGUCAGGAGAGCAAGAGCGACAACCCCACCUCACAAGCCUCUCAGUGAGACUCAGGCCGGGAGGGGAGGGGAAGGGAGGGGAAGCGAAGGACGGGAGGGGAGGGAGUGGGGGUGUAAUGGAGGAGGUUGGUGUUAAAGAGGUGGCAGCGAGGUCGCGGACGGCUGACUCACUCAUCUACAUGCAGAACUACAUACACAGAAACGGCAGCCAUCCAUUUCUCCCCUGUCUCAGUGCGCUGGGGAAAUGAGCGAGACGAAGACUGUGGCCCAGAGGAGAGAGAGAGAGAGCAAGCGGGUCCGGACAUUUUCAGGAUAAAAAGAAGCAGAUUAAAAAAAUGUAUUUGGUUUUAAUGACAAUGUGGUGGUUGUGAAGAUGUUGGAGUUUUAUGGUGAGAAUGCUCCUCCAAGGAAGGUGUAGAUAGUUCAUGUGUUUUAAGUUAAGGAAGGAGUUUGUUGUUUCUUCCUCAGAGGAGAAGACCAACAUGUAAAACUCCAACAAAGUGCACAUAAAAUCACACACACAUUCUCUCUCUCUCUUCCUCUCUCUCUCUUUCUCUCUCUCACUCACUCUCUCUCAACUGGUAAAGGUGAAAGCUGAUGUCCGUUCUGGUCUGCUUGCUCUAAAGCUCCAACCUAUACUGGAGCUGGAGCAGGAGAAGGCAUACUUCCAUUCAGGUCUUUCCCUGCCAUUAAUGGAAGAUUUGGACUGUUGCCGCAACACAUUAAACCCAAUACAUCACCACCACCACCACAAUGCUGUAGAACAGCCCGAAAAUGGUCAUAGUUUUAAAGGGUUAGGUGGAGAGCAUUUAAAACGAAGCAUUUUGGAAAAAUUUUAUCUGCAUUUUAUACCAGCCUCUAUUUCCCUAGAAUGUUUUUAUUUGAUUUUUUUUACCGACAUUGAAAGCUACAGACCAAGGAGCUAAGAGGACUUUCAAGGAGGUCCUUAAAAUCUCAACCCUCAAAUUAUAUUGGUUUGUAUUAUUUUUAAAAACAGAAGAGAGUAAUUUAGUGUGGGCUUUUAUUUCCUUUUGUGUACUUGUGCUUGUAUAUUUAAGGUAGUAGCAAAAGUUCUGUAUAACUGUAUGGAAAUGUAUUCUUCCCUAGCAUUACCUAAAGCCAUUCUGAUCUGAUGUGUAAAAAAAAGAAAAAAGAAAAAAAAGUGAAAAGAUGAAACACAUAAAACCUGUCCCAGCCCACCCCCAGCCCCGCCUCCUCUUUACCCAAUCCAAUUUCCCUUAAUUUUAUGAACCUGUGUACAAUUGAUUGAUUUAAAAGAAAGGGCACAGUCACACCGGAUUGAUCUGUCCAUUCUUGGUCUGAGUAAGGCCAGCCAAAGCAGCAACCUUAUCACAUGGGUCGUUAUGUGUUAAAAUGGGGAUUUCAAGGCCUGUACGAGCGAAUUAGAUAGCAUCACUCCACUCUGUGUAUUAGCCGAUGUGAUUUAUUGAUCCAUUGUCUCCGUCUUUGGGUCAUUCUGUCACAUACAGGCUGGUUAUUUCGUUAAGUGCAUGUUGGCCCAGGCACGUCCUGAACUUGUAUGGACCUUAUUUCAUUCGCCAUAUUGCGAGGGAUAGUCAAUCUUGUCAUUAAAUUCAUUGGACAUUUUUGUAUUUUUUUUUUUCCUUAAUUUUUCUAAAUUGAUACCCUGCCCAGUUUUAAUUCAUUUCCAUGCAAAUUGUGAGAUUUCUGCCAGCCCUGCACUUGUAAUUGAAACUAAAUGGUGAUCUGUCCCCCUUCUAACCCCGUAGACACCCCCUCUUUGAUAUAUCUAUUUUUUUUCUUAGUUUCUGCCCUUGACUAAAUUAAUGUAUGUACCAAUAAAAUAUGAAUUUUCACUUUAAAAGA